AUCUUCAAAGCCUCCCUGAAUGAAAGCAAUAUCCCUAUCCACUGACUAGCGGGAAUUGCAAGCCCAAGAUAGCCCAAACUGGAGGAGAAGCAUCCCCGCGAAAAUGCCAACCGUUUCGAUCGUCUGCGGCAGGCGUUGAUGAAGGCCAAGCGGAAUGUAGCGUGCGAAAGCCCGAGCAUCCCACCCACUGGCUCCAGUAAACACCGCCUUGCCCCACCUGUGGCAGGACUGAGUGGUUCCAGCAUUGAACUUUCACAACAGCCGAGUGAAGGAAAGUCAUCUUCACUGCCCAGGGACUGCCUAAUAAAAAUGGACACCAGUAGACAGGUCGAAAUGGGAAUGAAGAAUCAUGAAAUUGUUCCACCUAGUCUUAUUGCUUCAAUAUCAAACCUUAAACAUGGUGGAUGCAAUAAGAUCCUGCGUGAAUUGGUAAAACACAAACUGUUGGCUUAUGAGAGAACAAAAACAGUUCAGGGUUAUCGAUUGACAAAUGCUGGAUAUGAUUAUCUCGCUCUGAAAACUCUUUCUUCACGAAAUGUCUUUAAUUCAGUUGGAAAUCAAAUGGGUGUUGGCAAAGAAUCUGAUAUUUAUAUUGUUGCAAAUGAAGAGGAAGAACAGUUUGCUUUAAAACUGCACAGGUUGGGUCGUACAUCAUUUCGGAAUCUGAAGAACAAACGUGACUACCACAAACACAGACAAAAAAUGUCAUGGCUUUAUCUCUCUCGUCUCGCAGCAAUGAAAGAAUAUGCGUAUAUGAAGGCAUUAUCUGACCGAGGAUUCCCUGUUCCCAAACCAGUUGAUUUCAACAGACAUGCUGUAGUCAUGGAGCUCAUAAAUGGCUACCCCAUGUGUCAAGUUCACCAGCUUGAUAAUCCUGCAGAAACAUAUAACGAAUUGAUGGAUCUUAUUGUUAAACUUGCUAAUCAUGGUUUAAUUCAUGGUGACUUCAAUGAAUUUAACUUGAUGUUGGAUGAUGAGGACCAUGUCACAAUGAUUGACUUUCCACAGAUGGUAUCUACAUCUCAUCUAAAUGCUGAAUGGUACUUUAAUCGAGAUGUAAAAUGCAUUCGUGAUUUUUUUAUCAAACGCUUUAACUACGAAAGUGAACUUUAUCCAACAUUCAAGGAUAUCAGAAAGGUGGCUUCACUGGAUGUGGAGAUUGAGGUCAGUGGUUACACUAAAGAACUCCAAGAAGAUUCUGAGCUGCUACAUGCUUCAGGCCCUGAAACAGAUGAUGUUGAAACCGGAUUUUCAGAAGAUGAUUUGGAUGAUGAAAGUAAAUUCUCAAAUAAAACAUUUGAAAAUGUUGAUUUGGUUUCUGAAAAUAAGACAGACACUAAAGAGAUUCCUACUCCUAAUUUCAACAUUGUGGAAAAAACAUGUACAGAAGUUGCAGAAACCAGUGAAGUUGAAAAUAUUGAUCUGCAAAAUCUGAAAAUAAAUGUACACGAUACUGAAAAGCAAUAUACUGAAGUUGUUGAUACUGUUGAACUCUCUAAUGUCGAUACAGAAUAUAAUCUUGAACAUUCCUCCGAAGCUGUGCAUCAUACAGGCCAGAGUGAUGAGGAUCUAAGAAAUGAAGAGAAAUGCCCAGACUUAAUCGAUCUAUCAACUCAAAACAAGGAAUUUAGACCUUUCAGGUACUAA